UUGCUUUAUUUAUGCUGUUCAAUUUUUAGCUGAUUUUCUGUUGCAGAUAUGGAUCCCCUUUUAGUUAAAAAGCUUAUAUCUUUUAUUUGUUGGCCUAUAUGAUAAAGAUUUUGAUUUGAGUUGAUUUCUUUUUUCUUGUGAUAAAGUACUGUUUUUUUUUUGUUAUGUUUGAGUGUUAUAGUGGUCCUGUGUUGGUUACAUUUCUUUUUGAGGCGAGGGUGUAUUAGAAAUAGUCUGUCUAGCCUGCGAAGGUAGAGUAAAGUUUGCGUAUGUACUACACUUUCCAGACUCCACUUAGAGCAACGAUUGCGUAUCUACUAUCCUUUUUAGACUCCACUUGUGCGAUUACAGUUAUGUUGUUAUAAGUGAUGUAGUAGAUAAGCAGGUAUAAUCUUUAUUGCUAUUUGUUAAUUCUUCUGGUCCCCUCCCUUUCAUACUCUUAAGGGCCCUUGUGAGGUUGAAUUGGUUGUAAAGAAAAGAACAAUCUUUUUCGUAUUUUUUAGCUGCUGAGAUGAACUGAAAUAAAUUUUCAGUGUUCUGGGUGAUCAUUUGCACUCAAUUUGAGGACGUUUGUGUUGAAGAGUCUCGCAUUGGAUGAAAAAGGAAUGGAUGGUCGCUUUAUAUGGCCUUGCACAAUCCCCCCUCAUGAGCUAGUCCGAACUACAUUUCUUUACAGUUUGAAACUAGGAUAAAGCAGAGUCGUGAAUAUGCAGUACUGAGGAUAUAACGAGCUCCUUUUAUCAAAUUAUGACUACACGUACGAAUUUGUGAAAACCUUGAUUUGGUAGCAGCAAAGGAGCAAUCAUUUUUUCGUACCUUUUAGCUGCCGAAAUGCACUGAAUUAUAUUUUCAAGAUUCUGGGUGAUCAUUUCGGACUAAGGGAUACAAUUGUUGUUGUUCUAGGUGAUCAUUUGUACUAAACUGAGGAUGUGUGAACUGGAAUACAGCAGAGUCAUGAACACACAGUAAUUAGGAUUUAGGGAGAUUUAUCUAUCAAUAACUAGGACAUAUAGGAAUUAAGUGCUACUAAAUUAUUUUUUGUUGGACGGUGAAGAUCUAAGUAGAUGAUUCUGAACACUUAAGUGGGGUAUUUCUUUAGUGUAGUAAGCACAUUGAGAGGCUGUCGGUUGAUACUUCAUUGGGACUUGAAGAACCAAACUAGAGUCAUGAAGCAUCAAUUACAAAAUUGCUUCCCAAUGGUCCGUAUUGAUUUAAUUGGACCAAAUUCUAAUUACACUUAAGGAAUUAUCCAACGUAGUCUUAUACAUGUACUUGACAUUGCCAGGAGUCAAAAUUGAAGCAAGUCUUUAGGCGAAAAAUAAUAAAUAGAAAAAAGGAGGGUGCGAAGGAGAUUUUUUUUUUUGAAUAUAGUUGUCAUGUUCAAGUUGAUAUUAACAGAUGAGUUAAACUACUUUUGGCGAUGGUUAGAUUGUGUUUUGCUUUAUCUGGACAUAAUACUUUUGACUAAGACUUUUCUCCUGUGGUUGACUACUAAUUUUGGUCAAUUAUCACAAACCAAAUGUUCUUGGAUCUCUAUGUACAUUAAUACUUGUGCAUGCUCAUUAUAUCAAGAAAUAAUGAACUGUUUUGUAAGACUAGUAAGUAUGUAUUUUAUUCAUCGAAAGUGCAUGAAUGUGUACAAGCAAAAGCUCAGUAGCCCUUUGUAAAUUUUUGGGAACCGGUGAAUACAAGAAAUGUGACAGUAUCGUAUAGCAUCUUAAAGCAAAGUGCCACAAAGUAUAAACAUCUGUGUCUGAGUCGAAGGAAUCAUGAAUUAUGGACCUUACGUUUUCAAAAAGAAAAAAAGGAGUUAUGCGUGGACAAGAUCUCACUUGAAAGGAAAGGUUUUUUGGAAAGCGUACAAUUGAUAAAUGGGUUCAAAAGCAGUUGAAGAUUUGAUACAGGCGUCAUCGGGAGUACAUUAUUCUGGAUUCCAUUUAGAAGAGCCACAUACUUCAGAGAUUGAGCAACCAGCAACUUCUAUAGAUGAACAUGUUAAGCAACCCUUUAUCAUAGGAGUUGCUGGAGGUGCUGCGUCAGGCAAGACUACAGUUUGUGAUUUGAUUAUUGAUCAGCUUCACGAUCAGCGUGUUGUCUUAGUUAACCAGGAUUCUUUUUAUCAGAAUUUGACUCCAGAAGAACUCACAAAAGUUCACGAGUAUAACUUUGACCAUCCUGAUGCAUUUGACACCGAGCAAUUGCUGUGUGUGAUGGAGAAAUUGAAGCAUGGGCAAGCUGUAGAUAUUCCAAAGUAUGAUUUUAAGAGUUACAAAAAUGACGCAUUCCCUCUUCGAAGGGUCAAUCCUUCAGAUGUUAUAAUUUUGGAAGGCAUACUCAUUUUUCAUGAUCCUCUUGUCCGAGAUCUGAUGAGUAUGAAGAUAUUUGUAGAUACAGAUGCUGAUGUACGCCUUGCAAGGAGAAUAAGACGAGACACUGUUGAAAAGAAUAGAGAUAUUGCUACAGUAUUAGAUCAGUAUUCCAAGUUUGUCAAACCGGCUUUUGAUGACUUCAUUCUUCCAACAAAGAAGUAUGCUGACAUUAUCAUUCCCCGGGGUGGAGACAACCAUGUCGCGAUCGAUUUGAUUGUGCAACAUAUUAGGACGAAACUUGGUCAACAUGAUCUUUGUAAAAUAUACUCUAGCUUAUAUGUUAUUCAAUCUACUUUCCAGAUACGUGGCAUGCAUACACUUAUACGUGAUGCACAGACGACUAAGCAUGAUUUCAUAUUUUAUGCUGAUAGAUUGAUUCGUUUGGUUGUUGAACAUGGACUAGGACAUCUUCCAUUUACAGAAAAACAGGUGAUCACUCCAACUGGAUCUGUAUACAGUGGUGUAGAUUUCUGCAAGAGGUUAUGUGGUGUCUCUGUAAUUAGAAGUGGAGAGAGCAUGGAGAAUGCCUUGCGUGCAUGUUGUAAAGGUAUCAAGAUAGGCAAGAUUCUUAUCCACAGAGAGGGCGAUAAUGGUCAGCAGCUGAUAUAUGAAAAACUGCCAGAAGAUAUUGCAGAAAGGCAUGUCCUUUUGUUGGAUCCUAUCCUUGGCACAGGGAAUUCAGCAGUUCAAGCUAUUUCUUUACUGCUAAAAAAGGGAGUCCCAGAGUCCAACAUUUUAUUCCUUAAUCUUAUCUCUGCACCCCAAGGAGUACAUGUGGUCUGUAAGCAUUUUCCAAGAAUAAAGAUUGUGACAUCUGAGAUAGAAAAUGGUUUGAACGAUGAAUAUCGUGUUAUCCCUGGAAUGGGGGAGUUUGGUGACAGGUAUUUUGGCACAGAUGAUGACUGAACAUUAAUUGUUGGUCGCGUUCCAUCUCUCAAUCGCGUGAGAGAGAGAGAGAGAUCAUGAUGUAGAGAAGGAAGUCAAGUUGAAAUGUGUUCAAGCUUUUGUACAUUUUAAACUUGUAUUCAACUACAGUUACCCUGGCAAUGCAAUCUUCAAACUUAUUGUACACUUUGAGUCUCACUAGUUUUUUCCUGAGUCAGAAGAACAAGGGUUUCUCUAUCAA